AUGCCGUCUUGGGUGCUUCUCCUCCUACUUUCUGCCUUAGCUUACGUUUGUGACGGACGAUGUCGAUAUCGUGAGAGUCGAGUCCGAGAACUAGCUAUCAGAUUACCAAGGAAUUGCCGUGUGAAGCUUUCCCAAGUGGGUGAAGAGUACUGGACCUCUGUCGGCUACGAUGGGAUGUUGAGGAAUGGACGUACUACGAACGAUUUCCUCACACUUCCACAAUCGGGUGAUGGAGACAUUCGUACAGGAUGGGUAGCCUAUUGGAUCACAAAGACAAAGUAUGGUGACGGCCAACACUACGAAGUCUUUGGCCACGCCUACUUGAGGCCUGACGGACGUGUUUGCGGCUUGUUUGCUGGACGAGAUCGCGAUGUAGUUGAAAUAUGUGGAGGAUUCCGUGUGUUGUCAAGGAACAAAAACAAUCCAAAUGAGGAAAUGCCGUAA